CAACCAACCAGCCUAGGCUGGUUUAAGGUGUUUUUUAGCAGGGUAAUCAUCUGGAAAAUGCUGUACAAUGGCUAUUAUAAGUUUAUGAGUAAGAUGAAGAUAAAAAUGCUUUAAUUACACUGCUUGUUUAUAUGUAUAACGUUACUAUUUUGCGUUAAAUUUGUAUCGAAAUGACCAAGAUGUUUUUGCAGAACUCCCACAUACCUCAUUUACUUAUGAUAUGUUACCUGUUGUGAAAAAUCCCAAAUUAUUACUUGUUCAGUAAACGCAUCCAUGUAUUUUUCACGUUUUAUACACAGUAGCUAUUGUUUGUUUUAAUUGGUUUAGGAUCCAGGGACGUGACAAGAAGAUCGAUGACUACGGAGUGUUAUUUGUGCCUUUCUAUUUCUAAUGACCCUUCUUUUAAACCUUUCCCGAAAACCAGCUGUUCGUUAUACGCAUGCGUGCAAAGGCGCUACAAAUACUAGAGCACAUGCGCAGUAUGUCAUCUGAGAGACCGCAGAUAUUCACGCGCAUGCGCACUAUCAAAAUGUUUUGUGGCCGAAUCUUUAUUUCGCAGCGGAAUGUUGUCCUUCGAAGGAGUUUAAAUAAAGAGCCGGAUCAUUUGAAUUUAAAGGUCCAAAAUGGAGCUGCCAAACUACAGCCGACAGCUCAUGCAGCAGCUUCACACUUUACGAAAAGAGAAAAAGUUCUGCGACUGCUCCAUCCUGGUGAGCGAAACCCCUCACCCUGCCCACAAACUGGUGUUGGCCGCCUCCAGUCUGUUAUUCAAGUCUGUUCUGGAAAGUUCUGACAGCAUCUCUAUCGACACAGACCUGCUGUCCUCUCAGGAGUUUUCCUCUCUUCUGGAUCUGGUGUACACCGGGAAACUGCCACCAGGAAAACACAACUUAACCCGCCUCAUAGCCGCCGCAGACAGUCUGCAGAUGUUUGAUGUGGCUGUCGGCUGUAAAAACAUCCUGACUGACCUCAUGAAACAGACUGAGCCCAUAGACCCACAGGUUAUAAAGCCUGACAGUGUUGUGGAGCAGGUUAAAAGAGAAGAGAGGAAUCUGCAAGAGGACAAUGCAGUCGAGAUGAUUUCUCAUGAUCGAGCUGGUCUCAUGAAGAUCCUACAGAGAGGAAAGUCUCAUGUUCAGUUUCUUGAGGCCUGGGAUGCAGUUUCCACAGAAGAGCGACAGGUCAUUCUGGAGAUGUUCAGAGGAGAUCCAUCAGCAGAUGAACUUUACCAGCGGUUACUGAAUCUGCUGGAAGUUGAGAGAGUUCUGUCAUCAAAGACAGUCCUUACUUUACUUGAGCAGCUAAAACAUUCAGAUCUGGAGGAGCAGGGAGAUCAGAGCUGUUCUCAACCAAAAGAUACUGUUCAGGGGUCCAGUGGGAUUUUAGAGCGUUUAUCAGAAGUAACUCAUCAUCUUUCCAGUGUCAACAACCUCUCAGAGAUAUUGACCAGUGCUGUAACCAAGUGCACAAAUCAAGUGGAAAAAGAGGCGCUUCUGCAGUGCUGUUCUGCUCCGUCAUCUGCAGAGGUGCUGGAAAACUUGUUAUGCAAACUCCGAGAGAUGUCCAUAAGUGAAGAAACGUUUCUGAUUCUGCUGAAUGAAGUGAAGGAAAAAUCAACCGAUCUGCUUCAACUCCUUGAAACUCUUAAAAACACCAGAGGUGUAACGACAAAAGAGAGCAAUGCAGUUGAUUUGUUGGGAAUGUAUCAGAGCAGACUUGUUGAGCUGAAUCUGGACCUCCAGCUCAUCAAACAAAGCCUUCAAAUGGGUCCAGAGAUGCCUGAAAAUGACAGACAGUGUAUUGAAGGUCUGCUGGUAGAGAAAGCAGAUGCUGAGGUGUUUGAGAGGCUGAUUUUAGCAGCGCUGGAUGGUUCACUGCAGGCCGUCACUGCGUGGAGGAUUCUCUUCUGGACAGAAACACACAAUCCAGAGCUGCAGAUCCUCAUGCAGGAGCUCAAGGAGAAGCCAGAAGCUCAGAAACUACUCCAAACCAUUAAGGACAUAGAUGUGCUGUUCAAGCACAAAUCACUCAUUCUGGAAACCAUCAGUGAUUUUACAGUGCUUGAACAGGGUUUGAAUGCAAUGGAUCAUGAGACAGAGAAAGUUACUGAGUUUCUGCAGAGCUGCCGGAGAGCUGAUGGAGAGCUGGAGUCGGUUGUUCAAACUGUGGACAGAGUUUUGAGUCGCGACUCCGGGUUUGCCAGUCCUCUGUGCCAGCUGAUGUGUGCCAACCUGAAGAGCUUCCCUCAGCUGUCGCCUCUCAAACAAACCGCAGGGCUUGUGUCUGACUCGGAGUGUCCUGGUAAAGCUGAGGUUGAGCAAGGAGGAUCUGCUGUAGACUCUGAGGAUGAAGAUGAUGAAGACUGUAGUAGCACAGGCCGAAGGAAACCCGUGCUGGUGUCCUACAGCUGUGACUGGUGCAGGAAGACAUUUGACUUUAAGUGUCGUCUGAUAAAGCAUAGGAAAGGCUGUGCUCUGGCACCAGGGAAAGAGCAGCGCUGUUGCGAGUGUUCAAUGGCCUUUCCAACACUCAAGAGCCUCCAUCAGCACUGUGUGGAAACACACGGUGGCCCUCCGGCUAAGAAGAAGAAGACUGAACAUGUGGCCUGCGACAUUUGUGACAAGACCUUCAAACACUCCUCCGGUCUUCUAUAUCACAAGCGCACUGAGCACUUUGAGGAGCGCCCGUACGCCUGUGAGGAGUGUGGAGCUAAAUUCGCUGCCACCUCGUCUCUAAAGAACCACAUGCGUCUUCACACCGGAGAAAAGCCUUUCCACUGCAAACACUGCGACAUGAGCUUCUCUGUGGCCGCCGCUCUGUCCUACCACACAAAGAAGAAGCAUGCAGAGGGUAAAAUGUACUGCUGUCAGUACUGCUCGGCCUCGUUCGCACAGUCUAUUGAACUGACACGUCACGUCCGCACACACACCGGAGACAAACCCUACGUCUGCAGAGAGUGUGGGAAAGGCUUCAAACAAGCCAAUGGAUUAUCUGUGCAUCUGCAGAACUUUCACAAUAUUACAGAGCCCCACGACUGUCAGAAAUGCAGAGUGAGCUUCUCUUCUCUGGAUGAACUUCGACAGCACAUUCAGAAGGUUCAUCCCAAAGAGCUGCACCAGUGUCCCGAAUGCAGCAAGAUCUACAACAGCGAAGGUGCUCUGGAGAAACACAUGAACGUUCAUGAUGGCAACAAACCCUACAGCUGCAAGACCUGCAACAAGGCCUAUCAGACUCUGUCAGGUCUGUGGUACCACAACCGUACGGUUCACCCGGAGAUCUCCACCAGCCAGAGCAACAGAUCCCUCAAAGCCCUGCUGCAGUGUGAGCGCUGUGACAAGAGCUUCACGAGCCACAACAGCCUGAUAAAACACCAGAUAACCAACCACACAGAUGUGCACGUGUGGAAGUGUGUGAGCUGUGACUGUUCUCUGUCCAGUGAGCAGGAGCUCCAGCAUCAUGUUUGCAGUGUUCAGACUCCCGCGCUGUUCAGCUGUAUGGUCUGUUCACUUCACUUCCCCUCUGAGCCUGACUUCCAGCAGCACUUCCUGUCCAAACACCUCCAGCUCGUGCAGGAUGAAGCGCAGACACAGAGCUCCGCUUCACAGACGGUGGUUCAGUGUGAAGCUGCAGCAGAUCCGGCAGUGGAGCAGGUGAUAAACCUCCAUCAGUCCCAGAGCGAGUCCUCACAGCAGGUGUUUGUGGCUCUGGCUGAUCAACAGGAGACUCCGGCCGGAUCAGGAAUGGUGGCGGUGAGCAUGGAGGAUCUGCUGAACGGUACCGUGACACUGAUCUGUGAACAGAGCCAAUGAAAACACUCCUCCUCUAACACUGCAGUACAGCUCACACCAAUCAUUAUUCAUUCAUAUGAGUUUAAAUAAACAAAAAGGGUCAUAAUUGUGUUUCUCUUGUGGAGAAUCAAGCAGUCAAAACUCAUGUUCCAAAAUACCAUACGAUGAUGUCUGCGUCGUCACACUGGAAAAAAAAAAAAGGAUUUCGCUGCUUGUUUGAACUACUUGUUGCAUUAAAACAACACAAAUUUGGAAGGUUUUUUGGGGACAACAUAAUUGUUUUAUGUUUAAUCCAUUUAUUUGUUUUCUUUUGUGUUGGGACUUAAUAAAUUAUGUGCAUUUUUUACAUUUUUAAUACAUUUUUGGGGCAUUUACAAAUGUAUUAAAAUGUUCUGACUAGCACAAACAGACAUAUUAAAAACUGUGCGUACCCGAUAGUAGGUCUGUGACGUCACUUACUUUCGCAUGCUUUACAUUUUAAAGGUCUGUACUGGCCCAAUACCCCCAUAAAUGGUUCUGUUCUUUCAUCAGUUGGAAUAGAAUAACUCUUGCAUAGAUUAUGAUCGAGACAUUUUUCUUUUUUUUUCCUAUCAUUACUGACAUGUGCAGGAACCAACAAAAUUGAUUACAGCAACCUAGACCACACAGAACCUCAAAUAUACACUUUCAAAUUUGAGUUUACAAAAAAAAACACCUCUUUUUUUGGAGGAAUUUACUAUAUCAUAGACAACAUAUACAGAUAUUUUAAUCACUUUUAACAGUGUUUUAUGAAAAUUCAAAGGGUUUUCCUUAAAAUGAUCCCAAACUUUUUGCAUUUACACCUCUGCAUGUGGAUUUGGGAAGCUUUUGAAUUUAAGUUGGCAAAAUCCAGGCGGAAAGCCCAAAGUAGCACUUGACUAUUAAACAUUGACCACCUCAGAUGAUUUUGUGUUUGUUUUAUGCAUUAAAAAAUGAUCCAUGAA